AUGAACAAUUAUCGUGCUAAAGAUAAAAAAGACUUACCUUGUUUAACUCUGAAACGGGAAUAUAUUGCACUUAUAAAUCGUACUCGCAAUCCCAAAGCUGAUUCAUUGAUAGCUACUAAACUCAUUGAAAGGACGCAUAUGAAACAACUCAGGAUGAAUGAAGGAGCCUUCUACCGAUCAUUAAAAAAAGCUAUCAGUGAGAUUUGCCAGGUUUACCAGCCCAACGAUUUUAAUCUUGUGUUUAUUGCCAAAGAAUUUGCUCCUAAAAUAGAACAAUAUAAUGAAGCUCGAAAAACUCUCCAAGCAAAUGACCAAGGAGUAGUUACAGAAAAUGGCAAGUGUGUUGCCAGAUUGAGCAGUCAAGAAGAAGCUUUGUCCAAAGCUCACCUGGUUAUCAAGCCAAAGAAAUCAAUUACUAAUCUCAGUCAAGUCAAUUCUGAGACAUGA